GCGGUUCAAAUUAUAAUUAGAUCUAGUAAUAUUUUUAAGAUCUACGUAACUAGUUUUUACAUAUUAUUGUGUUGUGCUAGAAAAAGCUGCGUUACAUCUUGCAAAAUGGAAACGGAUUUGUCAUCAGAGAAACGUGCAUUAGCACUUGAGAACUCAGAGCGGCCUUCUUCACUCCAUGAGAAGCAGACAGCACCGGCGAGGAUGGUAGCUGCAGCAGUGAAGAGCCAACCUCCAGCUGUGAAGGAUCAGCCUCCAGCUGUGAAGGACCAGCGUCCAGCUGCAGACCCCGUGAUGACCAAGCCGCAACCAUCAUGCUUACUCUGUAAGUCUGCACAUAAAUUAUUUACUUGUGCCCAAUUUAAACUUCUGAAUGUUACAGACAGACACACAUUCACAACAAAACAUAAUAUAUGCAAGAUCUGUCUUACCUGUCAUCCAAAGAGACCAUGCCGGUACUUCUUCAAGUGCUCCAUUUGCAAGCAGAAGCACAACACACUACUGCAUGAGGACAAAGCACCUACUCCAGUCACUCUGCUGUCAAAUUCUUCUACACAGGUACUCCUACCUACAGCUAGAGUAAAGCUCUAUGCACAAGAUGGUACAGAAGUGCAUGUCAAAGCACUUCUUGACAGCGGUGCCCAAGUAUCAUUUGUAACUGCUGAGCUUGUACAAUUACUGCAGUUACAAACAAAAACACAGAAGUCAGGUGUUAUAGGUAUUGGCAAUACUGUCAGUAAUGUAAAUCAGUAUGUGCCACUUCAAAUACAUUCUCUUGUACGAAACUUUAAUAUACAAGUGUCUUGUUACAUUCUAGACAGGAUCACAACCAAGUUGCCCCAGCAGAAGGUUGACAUGAGCAAUUUUAUACUGCCCCCCGAUGUUGUCCUUGCUGACAAAGACUUUCAUGAGCCGAGUAACAUACAUAUAUUAAUAGGAGCUGACAUAUUUUUCCAGGUGUUACUGCAACAUGAGCCUGUCUCCAUCCAGUCGCCUGCACCUUCAGCACCUAAUGCGUCACAGUCUGCACCUACACCAACACUACUCAGCACUCAGUUCGGCCAUGUCAUAGCGGGUAACCUCCCCAGCCUUCCUGCUCACCCCUCAAAGUCAAACAAGAAGGUGGUAUCUUUGUUUUGUACUACGUGUGAUUCUGAUCUUAACGACACUAUGUCACUAUUCUGGAAGACUGAAGAUGUGCCUCAGGUAUUCACAGAAAAAGUGUCAGAGCACGAAGCAUGUGAGCAAAUGUUUCAAGAGAAUGUACAAUUAACUAACAACCAAUUUGAAGUUGCCUUACCAUUAAAGUUGCCUCUCGACUCUGUCAAUGAUACUCUGGGAGAUUCCUUGUACCUUGCAUUAAAGAGAUUUCAUAAUUUGGAAAAUAGGCUGCAUAAAGAUCCAGUUUUAUUGAAAUUAUAUAAAGAUUUCAUUCAUGAAUAUUUAGAGUUGGGACAUGGAUCUAAAAUUGACAUUGCACAAUAUGAUUUAAAUUCAGAUCCAGUUUAUUUUUUGCCCCACCAUCCUGUAGUAAGAAUGGAUAAGAAAAGUACUAAAUGCAGGGCUGUAUUUGACGCUUCAAUGAAAACAAAUAAAAAAGUGUCACUUAAUAAUUUGCUUUUAAAUGGUCCUGUAGUACAGAAAGAAUUGUUCGACAUUUUAAUUCUAUUUCGAUUCGAACAAUACGUAUUUGUCACUGAUAUUAAACACAUGUUUAGGGCAGUUAGUCUUAAUGAAAAGUAUCGCCCAUUGCAAAACAUUCUCUGGCGUGACUCGCCAGACAACAAUGUUGAAUGUAUUCAGCUAAAUACCGUUACGUAUGGGCUAAAAAGCUCGUCGUAUUUAGCCACUCGUUGCUUAAUAGAAUUAGCUGAUCGAUAUGCAGAGGAUUUUCCAUUAGCAUCAUCCAUUCUAAAGAAUCAAACUUAUGUAGAUGACAUUUUAGCUACCAAUGAUUCCUUAGACGCAUUGAUAGAGUCGAAAGAGCAACUUUGUAAGCUUCUGGACCUGGGAGGCUUCCAGCUACAUAAGUGGUCUUCUAAUAGAGUUGAGGCUUUGCACGACAUACCGACAGACAAACAGUAUUUCGACUCUAUUGACUUAGAAAAAACUAAUUUAUGUAUAAAAACGUUAGGUGUUAAUUAUGACAUUAAGUCUGAUACACUAACCCUUUCUGCGCCUAAUACAGGCACUAACAUACCUGACACUAAGCGGGAAGUACUCAGUUUUAUAAGUAAGUUCUUUGAUCCGCUAGGAUUGGCGGGCCCGCUCGUUGUAAGUGCUAAGGUCAUUAUGCAAAAGCUUUGGGAAGCACGUCUUGAAUGGGACUCCAUACUUAACGAUGAUUUAAGAAAGCUAUGGCGUGAGUUUUAUAAAAGUCUUUCAAUUAUGGCUCCCAUGAGUUUCAAUCGUUAUGUCUGCUUACAAACUGCAACAUGUCUGCAACUGAUAGGUUUCGCCGAUGCCUCGAGUUCCGCUGCUUACGGCUGCUGUGUGUACCUGCGUGUGGUUGACUCAACAGGUAAUGUGAAUGUUUCCUUACUCUGUUCGAAGUCUCGCGUCAACCCCAUCAAACAGAGUCUCACCGUGCCGCGACUGGAGCUCAAUGCCGCACUGCUGCUUGCGAGGCUUAUCACCAGAGUGCAUGAUACACUCUCAUUAAAAAAGACCAUUAACAAUGUUGUAUUAUACUCCGACUCACAGAUUGUUCUGGCUUGGAUACAGACUAAUGCUGCUAAAUUAAAUACUUAUGUAGCAAACAGGGUAAAGGAGAUCUCCCAGCUCACCAGUAAGUAUACAUGGGCAUAUGUAAACACGCACGAGAAUCCUGCCGACUGCCUGAGCCGAGGCGUCCUACCCCAUGAGCUCGAGAGCAACCAGUUGUGGUGGACAGCACCUUUAUUCCUCCAUGACAGUAAGUAUGUUGCUCCCCAACAAGAGCAGUACACGGCCGACGGUCUACCCGAGGUGAGAAGGAGCUCUGAGUUCUCUAGUGCAAUGGUUUGUACUCUCUCUGAUAAGGCAGACAUAAACCUUGAUUUUCUUGAUAAAUAUUCAGAUAUAAAUAGAAUGCAAAGGGUUCUUGCUUACAUUUUACGUUUCUGUAGUAACACACGCACAAAAACUGAUAAAAUAAAACAUAAUUUCAUAUCUAGCUCUGAAUUAAAUAGAUCAUUAAAUUUAAUAUUAAGAUAUGAACAACAAAAGUUUAUGAAAGAAGAAUUAUAUUCUUUAAAAUGUAAUAAUACUGUAAAGAGUAAUAUUAAGGCCUUGUAUCCAUUCAUUGAUGACCGUGGUUUACUAAGGGAAGGCAAAAAAGUCAUACACAAGUGUAUUGUAUGUUGGAAAUUAGAAAAGAAUGUGUCUCAACAACUAAUGGGUUCUUUACCACAUGACAGACGCAAUGCCUUAUAUAGAAGUAGGUUCUCAUUAAAUAAAGUUCAUAAUGUAACUUAUUUAAUCAUUAUACAAUUUACUUUCUUAUUUACAAUGUAGACAUUUUUCCUUUAGUAUACAUUUAUACACAUUAUUAUACCUUGUUUUCUAAAGUGUUAGGCUGGGUAAUGUAUACCAUUUUCGUGCUCCCGAGGUGCAGGCGUACUCGCUGCGUUGUCUUUUUAAUUAAUAAUAAUAAGUAUGUACUGUCAAGUGCAGAUGUCAGUAGGUACUACAUACAUUUUUCUUUUAUUUGAAACAUGUGUAUGUUUAAUAUCUAAGUAUAAACGUUAUUGCCUUUCUAUUUACUAGAUAUUAAGUUUAUUAAGCCACCUAUUGUAGGUAUGUUAUGAUAAGGACGUAUGUUAUGUUUAUUAAGUCAAUUUGGACAUGGCAUAUUUUUAAAUAUUCCUUUUAUUUUGUAAUGAGUAUGUGUAAAGUUUUAUUUAGUGCAUGACUGUGUCAAAUUGAUCCUUUUCUUUUGUGAUGAUUAGGUGUAAAAGUUUUUAAAUAGUUAAGUAACUAAAGUUUAACUAGGACAAUGUUGUAUCUAUGUUAUGUCAUGGUGUAUGUUAUGUCAAUAGGCACAUCCAUACUUACUGAUAAUUAUUUUUUGUAUCUUACAUGCUUGAAUGCUGUCAUUUAACAUUUUCUUUAAAAAAUGUAAUCUUAUGUUUUACAAAUGUACAAUUUCUUUGUCAUAAUAACGAUUUGUAGGCAUAAAUGUUACUAGAUUUUCUUUUAUAUCGUUUUAUAUGCGACCACAAACAUUAUCAAGUUAAUAAAUUAACGUUCUAAAUUUCAUUCAUAAAAUGUUUAGUUUGUUUGAUAGAUUUGUGUUUGUUCAA